GGCCUGCCGCUCGACACGGAAUCGAAACAGGCCAAGGUUUUGGCAACAAGUAUGGAGAACCUGGCCAACGCAGAACCACCCUCCUUAGCUCAGUACUUUUCCGACAUGGGCCGCAACACCUGGCGCCGUGGCAAGGACUACGAACGCAUCGAUGGCAGCUUGAGUGCCAGUCUGCGCAACUCUCUGCAACACCAAUUCAACAGUCCCAACAAGCGUUUUCGCCUGCUCAUUAUCUCCACUAAGGCCGGUGGUCUAGGUGUUAACCUAACGGGUGCCAAUCGUCUGGUUAUUUUUGAUGUCUCCUGGAAUCCCAGCCACGACAUCCAGUCCAUUUUCCGUAGCUAUCGAUUCGGCCAGACCAAACCGGUGUACAUUUACCGGCUCUUGGCGCAGGGUACAAUGGAGGAGAAGAUGUACGAUCGCCAGGUAGGGUCUUUUGAUAUUAUUGAUGCUAUGGACUCCCUGCCUCAUUUUCCUUUCCACUCCGAUUAUCUGUUACAGGUCACGAAGCAGUCACUGGCUUUAAGAGUCGUUGAUGAGCAGCAGGUUGAACGUCACUUCAGCGAGGAUGAUCUGCGUGAACUGUAUGCCUUUGAGCCCGAUAUCUGGGACCCCGAGGCUGCAGCCAAGCGCCCACCGCCGCUUCUGCCCAAAGAUCGCCUGCUGGCAGAUCUGCUUUCCGAAAUGCCGGAGCACAUCUACAGCUACCACGAUCACGACUCUCUGCUGGAAAACCGGAUUGAUGAGGGCCUGACUGACUCCGAACGUGCGGAUGCCUGGCGAGAGUACGAAGAGGAGAAGCAGUUGGGCCGCUCCUACCUCGACUACCAGCAGAGACUGUUCUUUAUCAACCAACAGCAACAGCAGCAGCAGCUACUGAUAGCCGCUAACCUGUUGGCUGCUCAGGCGAACAAUGGGCUGUUUAUGCCAGUUGCAGGCAACAUUAACCCCGUCAGGCAUUUCCUCCCAGCGGUGCCUCCGAAUCUCAACGCCGCCGGUAUGGGCGUCGGUUCGCGGAUGGCCCACCGGCCGGUUUCCCUGAAUCCAGCCUCUAUUCCGACCAACGCCUAUACCGUAACUUCACAGACGGCAAACCCCAUGUUUCCUGCACCGAACUCUCUCCGUCAGGCGUUCCCAUCUUUGCAGAAUAGCCAGCCGCGUCCUCAGCCACCAACAGGUAGGCAGAUGUUCGGCCCGCCCUAG